AUGCCGCCAGAAGAGCAGGCGCCCUGGUGCCUGCCGGCCCCACCGAGCCCUGCCAUGGAGGAGAAGCAGACCAUGAGCAGUGGGAGUGCCGCAUGGCCCCCAUGCAUCCUGAUCUCACCCUGCCCCAGAGUUUGUGCCUGCCACCUUGCCCCCCCCGCCAGCACUGCCGGGAAGAGUCCGGCUCUCCCGGCAGUAAACACCGGGCAGGCGGAAGACAGGCCGGCGGCAGCGCAGCCUCGCCCAGCCUGGGCCCGCCCCACCACCGCCCGAAGGGCCUGCUUCGUGCUGGGUGCCUCAGGGGAGACGGGCCAGGCGCUGCUGCGGGAGCUGCUGGCCCGGCAGCUCUUUGCCAGGGUGACACUGGUUGGGCGGCGCCGGCUGAGCCUGGGCGAGGAGACGGGGGCGGCCGUGGAGCAGGUGGUGGUGGACUUCGAGCGGCUGAGCGAGCACGCCGCCGCCUUCCAGGGACACGACGUCGGCUUCUGCUGCCUGGGCACCACCAGGGCCAAGGCUGGUGCGGCUGGCUUUGUCCGUGUGGACCGGGACUACGUCGUGCAGUCAGCAGAGCUGGCACGGGCAGGGGGCUGCAAACACUUUGUCCUGCAGUCCUCCCAGGGGGCAAACCAGCACAGCCUCUUCCUCUACCUCCGCGUGAAGGGAGAAGUGGAGAACCUGGUCCAGGCUGUCAGUUUUGAUCGCUGUACCAUUCUCCGGCCAGCGGUCCUGCUGUGCAAGCGCCAGGAGUCCCGCCCCGCAGAGUGGAUGGCCCAGCAGUUUCUGGGUGUUGUGGCUCGGGUCUUCCCCACUGCUUACUCGGUGCCUGUGGAAACGGUGGCCAGGGCUAUGGUGGCCAGUGUGCUGCAGCCAGGCGUGGGGAAGGUGGAGGUGCUGGAGAAUGGGGCCAUCCAUGAGCUGGGAAAGGCAGUGCCACAGCAGGGCACGUAGAGCAAAAGGGAUGGGCAGGAAAGAGCUUAAUUCACCAUUCAGAUGCUCUUCUGGGCCAAGGAUGAAUGCACGUGUGGGAGAGGAGCGGGGUGCUUGCAUGACUAAUGUGGAGAUAGAGGUGCACUUGUUUGCAUGGCAGCUGAUUAUGUCAAGUGAUCAAAAAUGCAGGUGUUGGCUGGUGGGUGAGGUGAAACAAUAUGCUCUGCUGUCUGGAUCCAGCACGCGAAUCCGGGUAAAAAUGGUGUAAUCCAGGCAAUUUCUUGAAUUUGGGCCUUAAAUAAAAUCCAAUGACUGGUCUGUUUGUGCUA